AUGAAUGAUCUAACAUUGUUUAGCAGUACGAGUGCAGCACUGGAAUCGGCCAUAAAUGCUGACCACUUAUGGGUGUCGACCAACGCUUCGGGAGAUAUCUGUUAUGUCGGCGAAAACGACUGUUCCAUCCGUUUCCACUGUAAGCCUACGUUCAAAGAUGUUGGCGUUCGUCAGUAUAGAGAGCAAACGGUUAUACAUCACCAUUGGGUGCAUAGGAGACACCAAAAGGGUCGGUGCAGACAAUGCGGCAAAUCGUUUCAAUCGAAACUCUCGUUUGGCAACAAAGAGAUAGUGGCCAUAUCGUGCUCGUGGUGUAAAACUGCUUUCCAUAAUAAGGAGAAUUGCUUUAAUAUACAGAGGAUAGGAGAGAAUUGCCCGCUAGGAAUCAAUCAGGACCUCAUAGUCCCUCCCACUUGGAUUGUCAAACUUCCGCGACGGGGUUCAUUCAAGUCGUCUAUAAGACGGUCGCCGAAGACAAAGAGGGCGUCUUCCAAGAAACGGACCAAAAAGGAUGAGUCGUCGGCUGUGGUAACGGUCGACAAUCAUCUGCACCAUCAGCUGCACGCACUUCACGGCUCAUCGCCGCCGCCAACCAAAGAGUUUGGUGCACAGCACCGGAGUUUUGCCAUUAAACCGAUUCCCUCGUCGAGCUCUAAGCCUUUACUAGUGUUUAUUAAUCCCAAAAGCGGUGGAAAUCAGGGCUCAAAACUGAUGCAAAAGUUUCAAUGGCUUCUAAACCCGCGCCAAGUGUUUGAUCUCUCACAGGGAGGCCCUAAACUGGGAUUAGAGUUGUAUAAGAAAGUGAAUAAUCUUCGUAUACUCGCCUGCGGUGGCGACGGAACUGCCGGUUGGGUGUUAUCAGUGUUGGACGAAAUAGCAAUAUAUCCUCCGCCGCCGCUAUCAGUGCUACCCUUAGGGACGGGCAAUGAUUUGGCUCGAGCUCUGGGUUGGGGCGGAAGCUAUACCGACGAACCCGUCUCUAAGAUACUGUUGAACAUCAAAGACGGCGAAGUCGUACAACUCGACCGCUGGAACUUAAAGGUUGAGCGCAAUAACAAUAUAUCGCCGACAGAACAAAACGCCAUCAAAGAGGAUGAGGGCGCCAAACAGGAGCUGCCCCUCAAUGUUGUCAACAAUUACUUCUCGAUAGGAGUGGACGCACACAUAGCCCUGUCCUUUCAUGAGGCCCGAGAGGCACAUCCCGAACGCUUCAACUCUCGGCUCAGGAAUAAGAUGUUUUACGGACAGGCGGGCGGCAAAGACCUCCUCCAACGCAAAUGGAAAGACUUAUGUAAUUACAUAACUCUGGAAUGCGAUGACAUUGAUCUCACGUCAAGACUCAAAGAACAUAAAGUCCAUUCAGUCUUAUUCCUCAAUAUUCCGAGCUACGGGGGUGGGACCCGGCCCUGGGGCUCCAGCUCUCCCUGUUAUGAGACUCCGCGUACAGACGAUGGACUUAUCGAAGUGAUCGGUUUGACAACAUAUCAGUUGCCAUUAUUGCAAGCGGGAGGACACGGAACGUGUAUCGCUCAAUGCAGGAGCGCUAAGAUUAUCACCACUCGUACUAUACCUAUGCAAGUGGAUGGAGAGCCCUGUCGUCUCUUACCAUCUAUCAUAACAUUAGAACUCAGAAAUCAGGCAAAUCUUAUCGCCAAAGCCAAGAGUCAUAACCAAACAAUUCACGUACCGACACUCGAAAAGUUGACAAUAAAAGUGCGAAAAUUGAAUUUAAAUGAUUACGAGACCUAUCAUUACGAUAAGCAUAAGCUUAAAGAAGUCUCGCUAUUAGUGGGUACGCUAUGUAUCGAUCAGAACCUGGAGUUGGUUCACGUGAGGGCCAAAAUCAAUGAUUUAAUGCGGGAUAAGAGCUAUAGUAGCGUACAAUCCGGCGCUGAUAAUAGCUGUGUCACCACAAAGUUUGUCUCAUCACAUGACUGGUGUUUCGUCGACUCGUGUACAGCCGAGCGCUUCUUUCGCAUCGAUAGGGCUCAGGAAGAUCUCCACUUUGUGGUCGACAUCUGCACCGAUGAUCUCUAUAUUCUGGAUCCGGAGAGUCAGACGGACAACGACGACAAGGAAGACAUCGACUUCUUUGAGGCCACAUCGGAGUCGGCUUUCAUCACAAUCCAACCCCAGUGUAACAAUAUAUCCAACCAGUCAUCCACUGAUGAAAGUCCCACCACUUCUUUGCAUCGACCACUCAUUAAAGACAAUCCCAUUCCUAACGUUCCCAAAGACUUCUCGCAGGAGGAGGUGUUCUACGCCGUCAAACAGGCAGACCUCUCAUUACUUAAACAAUUACAUCACAAAGGGAUCAGUUUAUUAUCUGUCGAUAAGAAAGGCAUGUCAGCCCUCCAUCACGCCUCACGUCUCGGUCACGAAAAUAUCGUGAGUUUCCUGCUGUCGGCCGCGCCGUCAGAUCUGAUUGAAUACGUGGAGUUAGAGAGCGGUCAUACGGCCCUUCAUAUGGCGGCCAAACACCGACAACACGGCAUCUGCACAAUGUUGGCCUCAUAUGGAGCCUCUCUGUCGAGGGGUGACAAACAGGGAUUAACUGCAAAGCAAUUAGCGGCUAAAGCAGGCGAUAAGGAUUUAGCGGCUUUUCUCGAGCACUUUGAAAUCUUCCAGAAGAAGAAGGAUAGAGAAACAGCUGUUUAAUUGGACUUUAUAUUAGUUUAUUUCGACUUCGACUCGACUCGUGCCUCAAAAAAUUUCAUUUGUUUCGCUCAUCUCUAAGUCAUCAGUCAUUUCUCUCAAAACCAAAUAUAUUUCAAUCGUUUCAUCAAAUUUUUUAUCCCUUUGUUAUCUCGUAUUUUAAAUUAAUUUGUUUUUAUGAAAAAAAGUUGUCUCCUAUUCUGGAAACUCAUAUCAAACAACAAAACAAAAAAAUUGUUGACAUUUUACGAAAAAAAACAA